AACCUCCACAAUGACGAGGCUGGCCGAACCGAUGUGCCUGGGCAGCUAUCAUCAAAUCAAUUCUGGGAUUCUGGACCCAACGGCCGCAAGAGGGGAAUUUUCUUAUUAUGAGAAGACGCUUUGCAGAGGCCAUAAGGUCUGGAAAGCCCAACAAGAAUAAGCCCAGAGAGCAGCCAAGCACCGAACGAAACGACGCAGCAACAUCGGCCAGCAAUGAUAAUCAUAAUGAUAACCAGCAGAAAAACACACAAAGUCUGCCGUCAGAGUACGGGAUACGUCAAGUAGUAAGCUCCAGAUAUAUCAUCAGACAGCGCUUGGCCAAUCUGCUCGAAGAGCGUUUCCCAGGCCGUUGGUCACUAACGUUGCGUUUUGAUACGUUGUAUAUUGAUCUACCAGCGCCACUUUCUCCGGAGGACUUGAAUAAAUGCGUGGACGGGAGCACGAGUGGGUCGUCAGGGUGAGCCAGGGCUUCGACUUCAUGGAAGCAGAAACCCACGGCAGCCCUUGAGCGAGUACCCGCACACGAGCAUACGAAGAGUGUGCAGGAUUGUCAUUUGGCCCGAGGGGAAGUAAUAUCAUUCGAGUUUCCGGAAGGCGAGAGUGGUGGCAUGGGGCCAA